AUGGACAAGCUGAAAGCUUACGAGCAGCUGAAAAAAGACCUUGAAAAUGGUGAGAUUACCCAAAAAGGCUUUGAUAACAACGUAAAAAAGCUCCUGACAGCAGAAAAAUCAGAUGACACUACUUCAACACGUGGCAAUGAAUUUCUCAGUGCAGCAGAGGCCUUUGGUAAAGCCAAGAAACUACUACAGCCUCAAGUAAAGAAAAGGCAGUUUCCAUUGAAUGAUAAACGUUUGGACCAUGGCAAAUCAUUAUUGAAGGUCAGACUGGCUCCCAUGGAGUGGAAGCCAAGAACUCAUAGAAAGUGUGGACGGUACCAGAAGUUAAUAAUGGACGAAGCUCCACCUCGAAUCAUUCUGCAAGGCCAUGAAACCUAUGAUGAUUUAAUUACCAUAGGCAAAGAACGCUUCUGGCCAGAGCGUACUGAGGGGAGUGAGUUCACUCUUUGCCAUUCUGACGGGACCAGGUGGAGUAAGGAGGAGUUCCACAAAGAAUUCAGAACUGUUUCUGAUAUUACACAUAUGUGGAAAAGAACACUAUACAUCGGGCGAAGACAACUGGAGGUCGUGUGUUUGGAUGAUCAAAGUUCCAUCUCAGAUGAAGACCCUGUAACUAAAGUGGGUGGUGAUGAAAGUUGCAGUUUAGAUGAACUUCCUGAAACCCUCAUAGGACAAAGUGUUGCAGAACAGGAUUUCCAUCCAGAAACAUCCAGCUCAGCUGAAUUUGAAACAGAGAGAGUCAGAAAGAAAAGCCAGUCCAAGCAAAGGAAGGAGGAAAAUGUAGGGUCAUCUCUAGGUCCAGGUGGAGCAGGCUAA